GCUAUAUAAGCGCUCUAGCCUAUGAAGCAAGCAAUUAGUCUACAAGCUACAGUUGCCAUGAUAAAUCGCCGUCAACGCUUGGAGUUUGCCUUGAGCAUUUUGCCCUACAAUCACACUGAUGCUAGACUGUCUGGCUCGCAGCGGCAGGUGGAGCAGAUCAUAGCCAGGCUUCGCACAGAUGACACUUCAGCUGAAGAAGAAAGCGACGAUGAGAAGCAGCGUCGCGCUCAAGGCUUUGCCGAACAGACUAUGCGGCAAAUCGAGCAGGCGGAGCUGCUGCAAACGCUGCCAAAGCAAAAGCUAAGCACGCUAGUGACGCUAACGAUGGCAGCGGAGAAACUGCUGAAGUCGCAAUGCAAGCAGGAGCCCCAAGAGGAAUUUGACUCGCAUUUGUCACAGGAAGAUUCCUUUGCAGAUUUUGAUCGUCGUGAACUGCUGGAGAACAGCAUUGAAGUAUUGAAUGCAGCGCGUAUUAAGAUGCUGCAACGUUGGGAGCGCAGCAAGCGCAAGGCACUAGAUCUGCUGACUAUAGAGAUUGACAAAGUGCAGACUAUGGAUCAGGCGCAUUCGCAGCGAGCGGCACACUUUGAGCAGUUCUGCGAUGGCACCGAUGAGUUGAAUACUUCGACGCCCAAGACCAAUGACGAGGACGAUGAUGAGGAAAAGGAAAACGCGCAUAAGCAACAGCACGAUGUGGGCUUUGAGAUAGACGACGACGACGAGGAGUAUGUGCCCUACAGCAACGAGCGUCCGGGCAAGCGCAAGCCUCAGAAGAAACCCGUGACCUCAACGCCACGCGACAAGCGCCACUGCCCUGGCAUUGAGUUCGACCAGGACACCAGCUCACCCAUGGUCACCAUUGGGCCCAAUGGCACGCAAGUUGCGCGCAGCUGCCUGCAGGCCAUCAACUGGAAUCUCUCGGGUCCAGCCAUAACUCGCAAGCUCCUCUGUGAAAUCUUCGAUCGCACUACGCUCGCCUUUCACACGCUCUCGGGCAAGCCGUCGCCUGCGUUCAAAGACUGCGCCCGUCCCAGCAAGCAGCAGCUGGAUCCACUCAAAGUGGCCGAUCUUGUCUAUUUGAUGACCAGCAGCAUGGAGAUGACGCCACGCGAAGUGCGCACUGCCAUCACCACCAAGUGCGCCGACGAGAACAAAAUGCUACGCACGCGCCUCCAAAAGCGACCACGCAAGACUCUCUAAGCUCAACUAUACGCCCCACUUUAGUUUUAAC